GCGAAUAAAUCCUCUCUAUCCCAUUUGGCUAGAUAAACACUUCUUGAAAGUGCUUUUGGUAGCAAAAUCAACUUGUUUGGGAUUGAUUAUGAAGUUUAGAAGUGGUUUUAGCACCAACCUGCCAAUCCCGAACCGCCCCUAAUUUGUUUGGGUCAACCCAUCAGCUCAUUUCUUCCUAAAUUUACAGUAGCGGAUUGGCCACUGCCGACGCACUCACGAAGCUAAGAUGCUGAUAAACCGAUUGUUAUGGAAGCAUCAUCAAUGGAAUAAAACGGUCGUUGCAGUUUCAUCUAAAGCCUUAUUCGCUCAGGUUACUACUAAUAAACCGAGAUGGAUGAGUACGGUAAUGAGCUUUGGGGACGGAAGCCAGGGGGCGUUGGGUCUACCCGAUUCAGUGACCGGUCCCAGAGGCGAUGCUUACGAGCCCACCCGGGUCCUCGGUCUCCCUUCCGAUAUCACCAGCAUCAGCGCUGGCCAUUAUCACUCGCUCGCUAUUGAUUCCCGAGGUGGACUCUGGGCUUGGGGCCGCAACCAGGAAUCCCAGCUGGGUCGUGAUCCACUUGCCCCGAGAGAUUCUUGGAAUGAUCCAAAGAGAGUGGAAGGGUUGGAUCAUGUGAAUGUUUGUGCUGCUUUUGCUUCUGGCGUUAUUUCUGCUGCCAUUGACAGUAAUGGUUCUGUGUGGGUAUGGGGGAAGUCUAAGCGGGGACAGCUUGGUCUUGGAAAGGGUAUCAUUGAGACCGUAGUACCUCGCAGAGUUGAAGCACUUGCAGGAGAAAAGAUAGUCAAGGUUUCAUUUGGUUGGGGGCAUGCUCUUGCACAGACAGAGGAUGGAAAGUUGUUAGGCUGGGGUUAUUCAGCCGAUGGUAGGAUUGGAAAUGUGGGGGAAGCUUUAGAGGCGUCUCCUCUGGACUCAAAUGCGAAUAUAUCGAUGAAUGACAAACGGUUUUCAGGUUCAGGAUUGGAUGCUGCCGAGCUGAUGGUUUUAGAAGGAAUGGAGAAAGAGAAAGACAUGCCAAUCAUUUGGGAACCUCGAUUGGUCGAAGAACUGCAAGGAGUUGAAGUCAGAGACAUUGCUUGCGGGCUUGAUCAUUCUUUGGUUCUUUGCCGUAAUGGUACUUUAUUGAGCUCUGGAAGCAAUGUAUAUGGUCAGCUGGGGAGAACCAAACUGGACCUGAGAUUGUUACCUGUUGAUCUAACCGCCCAUCCUGUGUCUAUUGCAUCCGGUCUUGGUCAUUCCUUGGCAAUCUGUGAGGUGCCAUCUUCGGAUGUUGAAGGAGGUGGAAUGAGCAUUUUCUCAUGGGGGUGGAACCAAUGCUCACAAUUAGGUAGAGAAGGACCGGAGAAUUUCCCAUCAAUGAUUGAGGGAUGGGAAGGGGAAACACCUGUAUCAGUGUCAGGAGGGCGGGUGCAUUCUACUGCUCUGACAUCUCAUGGUGAGUUAUGGGUUUGGGGCUGUGGUAAGAGUGGCCGUCUUGGGUUAGGAAGCUCCAGCGAUGAAGCCGAGCCAACCUUGCUUGAUUGUUUGGAAGAUUUCAAAGUUCUACAAGCAGUGUCAGGUUUUGAUCAUAACCUGGUUUUGAUGGAUGAAUGAUUACAUUGUUAGAACAAAACACGUAAUGGUGAAAUAAUGAUCUCGAUGAAUUUCCGACGUCAGAGUUUCAUGAUCUCAAUUGUUAAAUCCCAAGUUCGUCUGCUUGGGUCUAAGGUCUAGAGUCAAGUUUAUUUGCUGUACUUUUCUAAUGGCUAGGUUUCUGAUGAAUUAAUUGAGCUUACUUAGCUGAUAUGAUCUAUUAUUCGAGUGAGUGUUGAAUCUGCGGAUCUAUCUAAUAGAUUAAUACAUGUAUAAUUUUAUUUCAUAUAUUUGGAGAUGAUACUCCGAAUAUGAAUUA